AUGGAUGAAGACGACUCAUAUUUUUUUAUGAUAGAAGAUAUUCCUUCCAUUACUCAACAGUCUAGAAGCUAUACAGACGAGGUUUGGCGAUGGAUUAGAAACGAUACUAUGAACGACACAAAAUUGCGAGCAGCUCGUGAACGAGCUCAGCAAGAACUAGAAGUUAAAGCAGCUGAAGUACGUCAACGUCAGGUACCCUCAGAAACACCACUAGCGUGCACUGAUCCACACGAUUUCGUGACGACAUUGAUAAAUUCAACUCCAGUUGUUGUUUUUAGCAAAACAUAUUGUCCGUACUGCAGAACUGCAAAACGAGCAUUGAGCACUUAUCGAUUGCCGAGUGAUUUCUAUAAAAUCAUUGAAUUGGAUGAACGAGAAGAUUGUGACAAAAUACUUGAUGUAUUGCUAAAAAUGACAAAAGCUAGAACAGUUCCGCGAGUUUUUAUCAAUGGAAAAUGUGUUGGUGGUUGCGAUGACACUUUAGCUGCACAGAAAAAUGGAAGUUUGGAUAAAAUGUUGAAGGAAGCUGGUGUAAUUUGA